AUGCAGAUCUUCGUCAAGACUCUGACGGGCAAGACCAUCACCCUCGAGGUUGAGUCCUCGGAUACUAUCGACAACGUCAAGUCGAAGAUUCAGGACAAGGAGGGCAUCCCUCCUGAUCAGCAGCGCCUGAUUUUCGCCGGCAAGCAGCUUGAGGAUGGCCGCACCCUUUCCGAUUACAACAUCCAGAAGGAGUCCACCCUCCAUCUCGUCCUCCGCCUCCGUGGUGGUAUGCAGAUUUUCGUCAAGACCCUGACGGGUAAGACUAUCACCCUCGAGGUGGAGUCUUCCGACACGAUCGACAACGUCAAGUCGAAGAUCCAGGACAAGGAGGGCAUCCCCCCGGACCAGCAGCGUCUGAUCUUUGCUGGCAAGCAGCUUGAGGAUGGCCGAACCCUCGCCGACUACAACAUUCAGAAGGAGUCCACCCUCCACCUCGUUCUCCGCCUUCGUGGUGGUAUGCAAAUCUUCGUCAAGACUCUCACUGGAAAGACCAUCACCCUCGAGGUGGAAUCGUCCGACACCAUCGAUAACGUGAAGUCGAAGAUUCAGGAUAAGGAAGGAAUUCCUCCUGACCAACAGCGACUUAUCUUCGCUGGCAAGCAACUCGAGGACGGCCGAACUCUCAGCGACUACAACAUCCAGAAGGAAUCCACUCUGCACCUGGUUCUUCGUCUGCGUGGUGGUAUGCAGAUCUUUGUCAAGACUCUCACCGGAAAGACCAUCACUCUGGAGGUCGAGUCCAGCGAUACCAUUGACAAUGUGAAGUCGAAGAUUCAGGACAAGGAGGGUAUCCCCCCCGACCAGCAGCGACUUAUCUUCGCUGGUAAGCAGCUGGAAGACGGUCGCACCCUCUCUGACUACAACAUUCAGAAGGAAUCGACCCUUCACCUUGUGCUCCGUCUCCGUGGCGGUCAGUAA